AUGGCAAAGAAGCAGCUUGUAGCAAGUUGGGCCUCUGGUGACAGUCCAUCUCCCAUUUGCCUUGUCCUGGAGGGGGUGCAACUCAGUCCAACGGCCCCAUAUAGCCAGCAGGACCCAGCAGAGCCACAGAGAGUGAAUGUGUGCGGCUGCUUACUGCCAUGGUGUUACGCAUUCUGGCACCUAUGUGCUAAUGGAAAAGAGGAAGAUCAGGAAUCAGAAAAUGGGAAGCUAGUGGUGAAAGAACCUGAGAAUGAAGAUGCAGAAGAACAGUUCUCCUUUAAAUAUAGUCCUGGAAAACUGAGGGGAAGCCAGUAUAAAGCUAUGAUGACCAAAGAAGAAAUUGAAGAAGAACAAAGGGUUAAAAGAGAACAGCUGACUGCCAUCUUCACUCUCUUAAAGGAAAAACCAGACACAUUCGGGGAGAUGUCUGAAACUGAUAUCAAAGAACAACUCAAGCUUUAUGAUAUGUAGGCUAUAAGUUACAAAGGCUGGCCACCAUUUUCUUUAUCCUUCAGAAUACUGGAGAUUGUAAGACUAUAGAUUUCAUACAUAAAAUGAGAUAACUUUUUAAAUUUUGGUUUAUGAGGAUACUUAAAAAUACUGUAGCCUUUUCAACUGAUUUUCCUUUGAGAAGAAAAAAUAUUUUAGUAGUUUCCUGAAAUUGAGAAACAGUGUGGCCUAAAGAAUAUCUAUGGCAGAGAACACCAAUGGCUAUCCCAGUCAACAUGUCAUACAAUGGCAUUAUGCUGAUGUUAAAAGGAGGUAACUGUAAUGGUGCAAACUUUCCUUUGAUGGUCAGUGCAAUUAUUAAAAUAUUUAAAAAAACCCUGUCUCUGAAUUGAUGUAAUAAUGCAGUAGAAACAUAAUUGUGCAAAAUCAUUUGUGUUAAGAGAAUACCAGGAAGUCUGAUAGAAUUUGAACAUCAGGAGCACACUGUUGCAGAGUACCAAAUAAAUAUGAACAAUUAAAUCAGCACUUAGAUUCCCACUUAUUUUAAAAGAAAUCAGUUUUCCCAGUGGAUGGGCACUGUGGAAAGAGAAAGAUUUAAUUAUUUGUAAAGUAUGUUCUAACUUUAAAAAAAUUAAAAUACAGUACUGAGUUGUACCAUCUGGUAUAAAUAGGUAUGCUUUUGAAGGAAUACCAAGUCAAUUUAUGUUUCUACUUCUGAGAAGUUUGAUUUUGUAUUGUCUUCUUAAAUAAAUGUGUGCUUG